AUGGCCGAAGCGCCUUCAGCGUCCGGACCGGAGACGCUCGAGGUCCUGCAGGCCCGACACCGCAAGGAACAACGCGAUCUUGUGUCGCGCAUAACGCAGAAGAAGAAACAAGCGAGCAAAAAGACCAGAAAGAGCGUAAAUGAAGAGUGCGAGAAUCUGGAACGCGACUUGAAGGAGCGGCAGGCGCGCGAACUCGCUGUGCUCAAUGGAGAGGACCUGGACGCUGGCGACAAUGACAGCCCACUAGACUCUGAAGAGGAGACACAGGACCUACAGGAAGAUGUCUCCGAGCUCAGCAUAGAUGGUGGCACACCCAAAAGCACAGAGAGUAGCAUCAAUGGCGACAGCUCAGAAGCCAGAAAGAAGAAGCCAAAUCGCGCAAAGGCCCGUCUUGCUCGGCGCGCCGCCGAACAGGCCUCAAUCAUCGCCGAAGCGGAGCGCGAAGCCGCAAAUGCGCCGAAUCCACGCGAACUGGAGCGCGAAUGCAUGGAGACACAAUUGCAGAAGCAUGGGCUCGCAUUGUAUGAGAUCAGAGCGGACGGGCAUUGCUUGUAUGCUGCAGUUGCAGAUCAGCUACAGACACGCGAGUUGGGGCUGAAGCCGAAGAUUAUCAUAGGCGACACCGGAGAGAAGGAAAUGCCGGCAUAUAAGACGGUCCGGUCCGCGGCGGCAGAUUGGAUACAGGGUCACGCCGACGACUUCUCGCCUUUCAUAGAAGACCCUUUACCAGAGCACCUCCGAAAGAUCAGGGAGACGGGCGAAUGGGGCGGCCAUCUGGAGUUACUUGCUCUUGCAAGGACGUACCGGCUGAGAAUAUGUGUUUUGCACAGUGAUGGAAGGGUGGACAAGAUCGAGGCAGAAGACGGGGCCGAGGACAUGGAAGAGAUAUGGCUGGGUUACUACAAGCACAGUCAUGGGUUAGGUGAGCAUUACAACUCUUUGCGGAAGGUGGGAUAA